GUCAACCGACAAGUCUAUUGAUGGUUUAUCGAUGACGGCGAUUCGCUAUUCAUAUUGGUCACCGUUAUUCGAGUAUAGUUUAAUCCAUUAAUGAGAAACUUGUUUCAUGGAGUAGGUCUUGUUAAUGAUAGUAUGUGUAGGUUCUUGAAUAUUAAACACUUUAUAUAAAGUGUCGUGUUUUUUUUAAAGGUGUAGUUUUGAAAAUCAAUGCGUGUUAUGAAACAAUAAUGCUAUACUAUAGUUUACUUAAGUUAAAAACUGCAAAGUGUGGAUGUAUAUGUUUGUUCAUUUAAUUAACAUUAUCAACAAACUAGUCAACUAAACAUAAAUCAAAAUGAAUCCCCGACAGAAAGAAGUGUUUCAGACCCAUCGGAACUUUAUAAUUAAGAACAUCAUAUGGACAGAAGAUUUUGCUGGUUUGUUAAAAACUCAAGGUCUAGUGACUGACUCUAUCCUGAAUGAUAUUAGGAAACAUGAAAAUAGAGAUGAAAGAAUUAAAGUUCUACUGGAUAGAUUAACAAUGAAGGCUGGUCAAGCUUAUCAUAAAUUUUGUAAUGUUUUACAAGUGACGGGUCACUACUUUUUGGCCGAUUUUUUACGUGACGAAGAAAACAGCGAUCCACCUAAUGUUAAAGACAUGUUGAAGAAACUCCCAUUUCUAGCGAAAACUCUGAAAGACAGCGAGAGGAAAAUGGUGGAAUCUUACGUCAUAGAAAAAAUGCAAACAGAAACAUUAAAAUUUGUUUGGAAAAAAGACGCUAAGGAUAAAGACAAAGCACUGGAUGCCAAGUUAAAACAAUUAGAAACGGAGGUACUGAUGAAGGAAAAGGGUAAGAUGGCAAAUGAGCAGAUUUCAGAUCUCAAAGGGACACUAAUGACAGCAACUGAAGAAUGUGCCGUCCUUAAAGCGCAGAUAAACGCUUUAAAAGCAGAGAUAUCUGCUCUGCGCACUCAGCACCAAGAAGAUUUAAGUAAGCAGGUUAAAUUCAGUAUGGCUAAUGAAAAUUCUCUCAAAAGGGUCACUGAGAAGUUAGAAGAAUCUGAAAAAGCUUUAAACAAAAUCAGGAUUCUGGUCAGGGAUACUGCAUCAACUCGGGAUCAAAAAUCGGAAAAGACAACCACAAUGCCUGAAAAUAACGUAUCUUAUCUCAUGGACGAUUUAAACUUUCUCUUAUCGGAGUUCAAAUCUUUAUGCAUCACAGAAAGAAAGUACGAAGAUUUAGUACAAGAACGUGACUGGGUAUUGGAGCAGAUGGGCUUUACAGUAACCGAGGACGGCUCACCAAACCUAACCAAAGCUUAUAAAGAAUUCGCUAAUCAGCAUGAGCGCAAUAUUGAAGAUUUGAGAAAAGAGAUUGAUAAAUAUGACGAGAUGCUCCGAGUGCAGACGGACAAAAUGUCUUUCAUUGAAAACGUCAAGGAUGAAAACGAACGGAAAACGGCGAACAGUACCGCCAUUUGGCAAGCCGCUAUUAUGUCGGUGAUGAGACGUCAGCUUCAAGACACCAAGGCCAGCAAUAGAAAGAAGGAUUCAAAUAUUUUAUUUCUGGAAGAAGAAAUCAGGAAGUUAAAAGAUAAAUUAUCGCGAUACGAAAAUUUACUAGAAGAACAAAAAGAAAACAAUCGCAGAAAUCUUAUGAAUUUAUCUGUCGGCGAAGAUCUAGAAAACUUACGCCGACCCAUCCCCAAAGAUCCCCAAGAAAAACUUUACGUGAAAUCUUUGGACAGUGUGAAUGGUGGGGAUGCAUCCGGUGAAAGUAUAAUUAGUGUUAAAUCGGAAACUCCUCGGCCAAAGGUGAACGCUCUUCCACCAUUGAAAUAUGCUGUUCAGAAAAUGAACCCCGGCGCCACUGUUCCGCGAAUCCUAAAAGUCAGACCUCAAGCCUCUAUACCACGAAGAUAUGAAUCCCGAGCGUUUGGUGGAGUUCCCGAAGGUCUCUUUACCUCCCAACUAACUCUAGAAAAUAGACGAAAUAAUAACAGCGUCAACGGGUUAAGUGAACUUAAAAAUGUGAAUAGGCAACGGGGUUCGGUUAAUGAAUUCCGAUGAAUGGCAGGAAAUCAGUAGAAGACGGAAUUAUAAAUGUAAACUAUACAGAUAUUAAGGAAAUAUCAUGGCUAUAGCCAUGAUCUCACUGCUACUCUUUUCUGAACCUCGGAUUUGUUUCGAGCAUACUUUAAACAAUACAACAGUCUUAUAUUUUUCAGAUUAUCAAUAAAAUGGCGGGAACUCUAUUAUCGCGAAGAAUAUUUGACUAUUGAUUUUGCUGGUGGACAUUAGUUAUGGUUGCGUUAUAUCAGCAGAAAAAUUACUUCUCCGUGACAAUUUUAUGAGUGCUUUAUUUUUUCUUCUAUGCGAAAGUUAUGGGCCCAAACUGGGUCGACCUAUUUAAUUUUCACGCUUUUGAAAAUGUUAACCAUUAUACCCCCGCCCCACCCCACUAUUCCUGCAUUUGUUUCUGGUUUGGUGUCGUGGAAAUGUGACAUAAUUGUAUCUGACUGCCAUGGAUGUCGCGAAAUUCUUAUGUGACAAUUGUUACUUGUUGGAUAUCGUUGAAUUCGUGUGUACCAAUUGUUACUGAUUGGAUGUAUUCUUAUGCGACACUUGUUAUUGCUUGUCGAGGAACUUUUGCGUGGCAGUUGUUACUCGUUGUAAUUCUUAUGGCACAGAUAUUCAAAGAAACUGCAUUUGAUAUUUAAUAAGCUUUAAUUGUGUUUAUAACUUACAUAGAUAAAUUACAAUACUGGUAUGUCUUUACAUAAUUUAUUUAUAUUUGAUAGGGAUGGGGAUAUUACAGGGACU